AACUGCGAGCGUGGUCACUACCGCGACAGCUGUUCUGCUUCAAGUUUGCUCACAUUACAACGGAUACGUUCCACAAUGCCUGCCGCUCUGAACAAGAACAACUCUGCCGUGAAGCGGAUAAUGCAAGAAGCUAAGGAACUCGCAAAUGACCCCUGCACAGAUUAUUCUGCUGCUCCAUUGGAGGACGAUAUAUUCGAGUGGCACUGCACCCUCCGUGGUCCCGCUGGAACUGAGUUCGAGGGUGGUGUAUAUCACUUCCGCAUACUGCUCCCAGCGGAAUAUCCGUUUCGACCACCAUCAAUAAUGUUAUUGACCCCUAAUGGGCGGUUUGAACUCAAUACCAAGAUUUGUAUCAGCUUCACCAGUUAUCAUGAAGAGGAGUGGCAGCCGGCAUGGGGUGUAAGAACAGCCAUCAUUGGACUUCAAGGUUUCUUCCCCCUUAAAGGACAAGCUGCGCUUGGUGUUGGCUCUGUAGAGUACCCUGUGUCCGAACGUAAACGUCUCGCAGCACUGUCUCGAACAUGGGUUUGCCCACAGUGCAACCAAACCAAUCUCGAAUGCCUUCCUGCCAAGCUCGUCGUCUUCAGGUUCUCACGUACAUGAUAUUUCGCCGCCGACUAAUUUGCCUUCCUCGGCAGACUUGUCCUUGCACCCCGUACAAGGGCAAGGGUCGGGGAACGAGUCGGAGCGUGUAGCCAGUGAAUCCUGCGUUGAUCAUAUUUUCACACCAGACGAGUCUAGUUCAGUGACUGAAUCACUCGGCGAUACCACCAUAUCAUCAUCUGCGGCUGCGAUCGAAAGUCUCUCGGAAAGUUCCGCUGAGCCGUUACAAGAGACUAGCACUGUGAGCUCCGUCCGACGUGGGCGCAGCGGAGCCCCUCUCCUCUUAGACACGGCAAUAUGUGUUCUGCUGGUACUGGUUCUAGCCCUGGUGUGUAGACGGGUUUUGUGAUCUCGGUAUAGAAUUGACAUAUAGCACAUAUAUCCUGAUUUUUCAUUGAUCCGUUUCGUUUGUAUUUAGUUUCCCGGUGUAUGUAUGAACAGAAUAAGAAAGAGUAUAGAGUGUAUCCGGAAUUGCAUAUGCAUGUCUCGAUCGUGGCCGUU